CUGACAGGCCUCAAAGGACAUACUUUUACUUUGGAUUAUUUCUUCAUUUUAAGGGCCAUUAUGGAGCCUGUAUCCACGAGCAUGAGGCUAAAGGUUGCUGUGCUGGUUCUGGUAACGAUGCAGCUGAAGACAGACGUGACGGUGGCGAUGCAGAUAACAUCCUCGGGGCCACAAACCAUGCAAAAACCCCAGGGGGACACAGUCAACCUGGGAUGCACCUACACCCCCAGCCCCCAAGACACAGGAGAGCUGGACAUUGAGUGGUCCAACGUCAGCCCAGACAUGACGCAGAAAGACACACUGAUCUUAUCAUAUACAGGGGGCAAGAUACUCAACUACGGCGGCCCUGGCCUCUCCAAAAGGCUCCGCUUCAUUGCAGACCCAAAGCAGGGAGACGCCUCCAUCUCUAUCUCAGAUGUGAGGGUCUCAGACAAAGCCACCUACCAGUGUAAAGUCAAGAAGGCGCCGGGUGUCGACAUGCGAAAAGUCACUCUGGUGGUGAUGGUUCCCCCAUCAGCGCCAAAGUGUUGGGUUGACGGUGGCGAGGAGCGAGGGGGCACAGUCUCCCUCCGCUGCAAAUCUUCUCAGGGAUCCACUCCUCUCAAUUAUAUGUGGACAAGGGAGAGCGGAGGGGCAAUACCAUCCACUGCAACCCAAAACCCACAGUCUGGGGAGCUUUUGAUAAGGAACCAUACAGACAGCAACACUGGAAGUUACAUGUGUGAGGUGAAAAAUGCUGUUGGCAAAGCACAGUGUAAAUAUGAACUGCAUGCAUACAACCCAACCAAUAAAGUUGGUGUCAUAGUAGGAGCAGUGAUAGGUGCUCUCUUGCUGCUCCUCCUCCUCCUGCUUCUCAUCUGGCUCCUGAUCUGCUGCUGCCAUAAGCGUCGCUAUGAGAAAGAGGUCGCGAAUGAAAUAAGGGAGGACGCCCCGGCCCCAGAGAGCCGGCCCACCAGCAGAAACUCCAGCUUCCACUCAGUGAUGGGGUACCGCACCCACCCCGGGGUGCAAUACAGCUCUGUGAGGAACCACCUGCCUCAUGUCAAUGAAUCUGGCCGCAGUGUCAUCUACACAGGCGGGGGUGACGGGACAUCGCAGCCAACCACUGCAGGAGACAAACCUGCUCCCUUCCAAUACGACCAUAAAUACGGAUACCCUGUGUAACUACAAUCCCAAUGCAUGAAAGACUUUCUAUCUUUAGUAUAAAGCUACACCUUUGGAAGAAAAGACUUUCUACUUUUAAGAUGAAGCAUCUUGUAAAUAAUACUCAAUGUACAGUAUGUUUGUAACAAAUGGUGAAAUGCAAUAUAUUUAACUGGAGAACAAUGGGAGUGCUGGUUUAUAGCUACUGGGGACUCAUAAAAUCUUACCUUAGACCUCAGACAAACAUAAAUGUGUAACUGGCUGACUUUCAUGAUGCACUGUAGCACAUCACUGCUAUUGUAAACAAGAAUAGUUUCUAUUGAUCUAAGUCAUUAUUACACAUUUAGCUAAAACUGUAUGUAAAUAUAGUCAGUAAAAAAAAUUGUAUUUUUAUUUUUUUUUCUAUGAUGGAUAUGUAGCUCAAUCAGUUUGUUACUCUAUUUCUUAAAUAUGUGCAAUAAAACAUUUUUUAAUGACUGGACGACCAUGGAAAUCCCAUCUAGGGUUCACUAAA